CUGAUAAAAAGGUGUUUAAGAAAGAAUUACUGAGGGGUGUGAAGUCUUUCAAAGGAGGCAAGGUUACUGUCAGUGACCUAAGUAAUGUUCUACAAAACACUGGAUUCAACCUUGACGCAAAGGAAAUCCAGGACUUGCAAACCCACCUACCAAUUAUUGAAGAUGAAAAGGUUGGCUUGGAUGUGUUGAUGGAUGCAGCAAACACUUUUACAGGAGACAAGGUAGAAGCCAGUGACUUUAAAACUGUGCUGGGAAACAUGGGACUCGAGCUCACUGAAAAAGAACAGUUUCUGCUGUCAAAAACUCUGCCAAUCUCUAGAGAUGGAAAGGUAUAUAAGAAAAGAUUACUGAGUAGUGUGAAACCUCUCAAAGGGAAAAAAAUCAGUGUCAAUAAACUGGACACUCUAAUGAAGAACAUGGGAAUUCAGCCUGAGAAAGAGGACUAUGAAGAUUUUCUGACCCAUCUGCCGGUUGAUGAGAAUCAAAUGGUUGAUUUGGCUGUGGCAAUGGAUGAUGCAAAAAAUUUCACUGGAGAGAAGGUUAAUGUCAGCGAUCUGGACAAUGUGAUGAGGAGAAUGGGGCUAGCACUCACUACUGAGGAGCAGAAGGAGCUGCUGAAAACUCUGCCAGUUCAUGCUGAUGGAAAAGUAUUUAAGAAUAGAUUGCUAAAAAGUGUGAAGGCCCUGAAAGCACCAAGGGUCAAAAUAAAAAAACUGGAAUCUUUUGUGGAAAACAUGGGAAUUAGACUCAAAGAUGAGGAACUUGAGGAACUAAUGACCCAACUGUCAGCUGAUGGUAAUAAUACAGUUGGUCUGAAUGAUUUGAUGGAUGCUAUCAGUUAUAUCAAGGGAGAGGUGAUUGAUAUCCCAGACUUAGACAACUUUCUAGCAAAUGAGGGGAUUGAGCUCAAUGAAGAAGAAAAGAAGAAACUGAUGCCUCAUUUGACAUUCAAUGAACAUGGGAAGGUUAAAGUUUAUUCAAUAAUGGAGGGCCUGAAGAAGAUUAAACGAAUGGGGUCUCUACAGAAACUGAUGAAAAUCACAGAUGAUACCGAAGACAGAGUUACUGGCCACAUGGCAGUUUCUGAAACUAAAGCAAAAUUUAAACUGAAUCCUUUAACAAAAGUACCCAGCUUCCAAAGUAGGAGGGAUAAAGAUUUACCAGGACUUCUGCCAUGUCAAUUACAGCACAAAGAAAGGAAGUUGAGCCCUUCACAAAUGCGAGCUUUCCAAGAUGCCUACAAUUUCUUUAACAAGGAUAAAACUGGCUGUAUUGAUUUACAUGGAAUGAUGUGCACUUUAGCUAAGUUGGGAAUGAAUCUAAUGAAGCACGAUGUCUAUAAUGAAUUAAGAUGUGCUGAUAUUGAUCAGGAUGGGAAGGUGAACUUCUCAGACUUUCUAAAGGUGCUAACAGAUAAGAACCGCUUCCUCAAGGCUGUGGUUCCAGAAAAGGAGACCUGUUUAGAUUUAGUUGGCAACCCAGGAAUCCUGUUGUUUGAAAUCCUAUCAAAGCUUAUAGAGACUUCAGCCUUACCCAAAAAGGCAAUAUCGGAAAUAGUAAGCUAUUUCCGAAGAAAAUUCCAGGAAACCACCUCAGGAAUGGUGUGGAGCCCCGAUACUAUGGGUUAUGGAAAAAGGAGAUUUAAGCCAGACAUAUGCACACCUCCAAGCUCAAGCACAGCUGCCUUCGCUAAUGCUGCUCGGAUUGCAAUAAUGAAAGAAAAGGAUUUAUUUAAAUUUCUUGAUGAGCUCAAAAAGUGCAAUCCUCCUUCAGAUAGCCCAUACUCAAAAAUACCCAUCUUUCCACUGUUUCCUAAUGUGGAUGGAGUGGUAAUGGGAAAGCCAUUCAAAGACAUACAAAAGUUAGAAAUGCUGAAGAGAAAGGAGCCUCUGAAUUUCUUUGAGAACUAUUUUUUCCAUAAAAAAGACUGGAAAACACAGGCAGCAAAUAUAAAACCUGUUGACCCUACCUCAGGCUACCCAAGUGAUAUCCUCACCAUUGAUCAAAUACUCAAGAAAAAGCAGAAAUGGACAGUGGCUGAUGCAGCUGCUAUUAAACCACAUGUAAAGAGAGCUACAGACACCUAUAACUUGGGAAUUGCCCUUGAGCACCGGAAACAAAUGCUAAACCUCUGGCGGAAGAUUCGAGGAGAUUUGAUUGGAAUAGAGAGUAAAAAUGAGUCCUUUUAUGACACCUUUUCUACUUAUACAUGGUCCUGGAAUGUCUGCCAAGAAUUACUUUCCCCGAAGGACCUAAAGUUAUACGAUGCCCACGUGAACAGAAAUGCCUUCCACAACUCUGUAUUCUCGUCCUCUCCAGAUAUCAGUGAAUGUGACACAGACACAGGAAGGAAAAGAAAACGGAAAGGCUUCAAGGACUUUCGACAAUGAAAUUUCUACGUUUUCUGAACAGCUCAUCGCAAACUACUUUUUCAUAGAUAUCAAAAUUAUUCUUGCUUUUGUCUAAUACAUCCUUAGCAGCUGGAAAUGUUGACAUCUUUUGAAUUCUGACCAGUAAAAAUGUUUAAGUCAUA